AUGGACCAAAAACUGAAGUUGAAACUGGCCUCAGUACCAUCCCUGAGCUUACCCUCACUAGAAAAGCCCCUUUAUUUAUAUGUGAAUGCAGAGAAUGGAGUAGCUCAUGGUGUUUUAGUCCAGGAAUGGGGAGGGGUGAGAAGACCAAUAGCUUAUUUAUCCAAGUUAUUGGACCCAGUAAGCCGUAGCUGGCCAGUAUGCAUUCGAGCCAUAGCAGCUACUGCUAUUUUCGUAGAGGAGAGCCGUAAGCUCACCUUUGGAAGUAAACUGAUUGUAUACACACCCCAUGCGGUCCGAAAUGUCCUAAAUCAAAGAGCUGAAAAAUGGUUAACAGACUCCAGGAUAUUAAAAUAUGAAGCAAUUCUGAUUGACAGUAAUGAUUUAACCAUAGAAAUGAGCAAAAGCCUUAAUCCGGCCCAAUUCCUGUAUGGGGAACCAAAAGAUGACCUGGCACAUGAUUGCUUGGAAAUUAUUCAAUACCAAACAAAAGUUCGGGAGGAUCUAGCAGAACAAGCCCUCUUGGAAGGGGAAAGAAUAUAUGUUGAUGGUUCAUCCAGAUGCUUGCAAGGAAAAAGAAUGUCAGGAUAUGCCUUAGUCGAUGGGAUAAAUAUGCAGACCAUCGAAAAAGGAAAGCUACCUUCAAAUUGGUCGGCGCAAUCUUGUCAAUUAUACGCUCUAAAGAGAGCACUGGAGCAUUUAGCACACAAAAAGGGGACCAUCUAUACUGAUUCAAAGUAUGCCUUUGGGGUAAUACAUACCUUUGGAAAGAUCUGGGAAGAAAGGAGUUUACUAAAUUCAAAAGGGAAGGAACUGAUACAUGAAGGCCUUGUUUCAGAAGUUUUGGAGGCAUUAGAACUGCCUGAAGAAAUAGCCGUAGUGCAUAUCAAAGGACACCAAAAAGGGAUGACCCCAGAAAUAAGAGGGAAUAAUCUGGCAGAUCAAGAAGCCAAAGAUGCAGCAGAAAAUGGGACUAAACGAAUUACGUUAAUCUUGACCCCAGAGAGGGAAGAAUUGGAAAUCCCUAAAUUUAGUGAAGAAGAAGAAAAGGAAUUACCUAAGAGAGGGGGAGAACAAGAUCAGUCUGGAAAAUGGAAACUCCCUGAUGGGAGACAGUUACUUAAUAAGCCACUCACUAGGAGAAUAUUAGAAGAUAUGCAUCAAAAAACUCAUUGGGUUGGCAGCAAAGCCUAUGGAGACAUUUUCAAGAUUAGGCCCUUUGAGGAUACUGGGCAGCUGGAGAACAGACAUGUUUUGCAGUUUGGGUAUGUGCAGAUGUCGAAAUGCAACAUAGAUCUUUCUAUAGCAAUUGAUAUUUCAAGGCGCACGCAGCCAGUACCCACAAUGCUUCUGAAACAGAGACUGCAAGCAUUCCUCCCCAGACUUCUACUACAGAUGAAAUCACUGCCAAAUACCAGCUGUAAUGCUCCAGUUGACAUUGGGUUCAAGUUCCAAGUAUUGGCACAGAACAAACAAUUAAUCUUUGACUCUGGUUUUGAAGACUAUAAUGAAGAGAUCAUCCAGAAGUUCUUAGAGGCACAGACCACUGUGGACACCUACCUGAAUGCAGACUUCUUGCAGGCACUUGAGGAGAACUUCUUUAACGUGACCUCUGCUAAAGUUAAGGUUCUGUUAGUAUUUUCAGAUGGGCUGGAUGAUUCACUGGAAGACCUGAAGAAAGCAGCAGACUCACUUCGCUUUAGAGGUCUUGAUGCACUUCUAUUAGUUGGCCUGGACAAUACACAGAACUUGACUGAAUUUUGGGAAAUAGAGUUUGGCAGAGGGUUUGGAUACAACGAACCUCUGAGUGUUGGGUUUGCAGAUAUUGCAAACAUCUUGCAGAGAAACCUUGAUACUGUUGCAGAAAGAAAAUGCUGUAAGGUUAUUUGUAAGUGUCUUGGAGAAAAUGGUGAUCGUGGUGUCCGGGGAAGUCCUGGAAGGAAGGGAAGUACAGGUUAUAGAGGAUCUCCUGGCCAUCCUGGUGAGGAAGGUGGGAUUGGGGAGAGAGGCCCAGCUGGUUUCAGUGGGACUCAAGGAGACAGGGGAUGUCCAGGUGUCAGAGGCCGUAAGGGGGCAAGAGGCUAUAGAGGAAGUCAGGGUGAACAUGGUGAGAGUGGAUUUGAUGGCACUGAUGGAGAGCAGGGAGAACAUGGAUUUCCUGGACCUUCUGGAGACAAAGGCAGCAGAGGAAAAUGGGGCAUAAAAGGCCCCAGAGGAGAACCAGGUGAACGAGGAGAAUCUGGUCUAAGAGGAGAUCAUGGAGAUCCUGGAGCUAACAAUAAUGUUACUGGUCCAAAGGGUGAAAAGGGAAACCUAGCACCACAGGGAGACCCAGGCCCACAUGGAGUCCAAGGAGAGCAGGGUGAUGCUGGCCUAGAUGGUGCAGCAGGUCGAAGAGGCCCUCCAGGUAUAAAGGGUGAGCAAGGAGAUCCGGGGGAAACAGGUUACUCAGGAGAAACUGGUCUUCCAGGCCCACAGGGCCCAAGAGGACCACAAGGCAUCAAAGGACCUCCAGGACCACAAGGCAUGUCAGGCCCUCUGGGUAGUCUGGGAACUCCAGGUUCACCUGGCUCUGUUGGAAAGUUAGGUGCAAGAGGAGCAAAGGGUGAACCUGGUGACCCUGGAGAGAAGGGCCUAGUUGGACCACCUGGACAGAGAGGCAUUCCUGGCAUGGAUGGCAGAGAUGCCUAUGGUCCUGAAGGAAGCAAAGGAGCAAAGGGAGAGUCUGGAUUCAUAGGACAUCCUGGUCCACAGGGAGAAGAAGGAGAUCCGGGCAUUCCAGGAGCUGAAGGACCCAAAGGAAUUAGGGGUAGAAGAGGUAAUGCUGGCACACCAGGUUCCCUGGGAGAUCCAGGUGACCAAGGGCCAUCAGGACCUAUGGGUGCCAAGGGACCAGUGGGCACCAUUUUAAUGGAACCUUGUGAACUUGUGAAUUUUACCCGAAAAAACUGCCCAUGCGCAUCAGACGCAUGUCCAGCUUAUCCAACUGAAGUGGUAUUUGCCUUGGAUAUGUCUGAUGACGUUACACCAGCUGCAUUUGAAAGAAUGAGGAACAUUGUUACCUUAUUGCUGAAGACUGUUAAGAUCAGUGAAAGCAAUUGCCCAACAGGCGCUCGUGUCUCUGUUGUUUCUUUCAAUACCAACAUGCACUACCUCAUCCGAUUCUCAGAAUUCCAAAAAAGCAACUUGCUGCUACAAGCAGUCCAGAGAAUCCCUCUAGAGAGAUCCACUGGAAAACGAAAUAUUGGGGCGGCCAUGAGAUUUGUUGCAAGAAAUGUCUUCAAACGUGUUCGUCAGGGCAUCCUCACAAGGAAAGUUGCCCUGUUUUUUACCAAUGGUCCAUCACAGGAUGAUGUUGCCAUCAGCACAGCUGUGCUUGAGUUGAGUGCCUUGGAUAUCACUCCAGUGGUUAUUGCCUUCAGUGAAGUGCCAAAUGUCAGACGUGCCUUCUCUAUUGAUGACACUAGAAGAUUUCAAUUAUUUGUUUGGGAAAGACAAGAGGAUGAAAAUUUGGAGGGCAUCACAUAUUGUACACUUUGCUUUGAUAAAUGCAAUCCAAGAACCAACUGUGAGGUGCCUUUUUCUCCCCUGGUUCAGAUGGAUAUGGAUAUCACUUACAUCAUGGACAGCUCUCGCAGCAUUAGCAGUGAAGAGUUUCAGAGAGCCAAAGACUUUGUGAGCAACAUGUUGGAUCAGUUUGUCGUUUCCUCACAGCCAAAUGAAUCGUAUGGAGGCAUCAGAGUGGCACUGGUGCAGCAGGCUCCCAGGGGCUUCCUGCCUGACAGAAACCAGACACCUGUGGCCUUGGAGUUUGAUCUAGUCACAUACAGCAAUAAAGAUUUGAUGAAGAAACACAUCCAAGAGUCUGUUCACCAACUGGAAGGGCCAUCAGCCAUUGCUUCUGCUCUACAGUGGACAGUUGAAAACGUGUUCUUUAAAGCCCCCAGACAAAGAACUCACAGGGUCAUAUUUACAAUAGUUGGAAGCAAAACAAGCACAUGGGACAGAGAAAAGCUGAGAGAGAUUUCACUCGGAGCCAAGUGCCAAGGAUUCACCUUGUUCACUCUUGCACUUGGCAGAGAUGUGAGUGACAAUCAGCUGGUGGAGAUGUCAAGCUCCCCCACAGACCAGCACUUACUGACAGUGGGCAGGCUUUCCACACCAGAGAUGGUGUAUGCUCAGAGGUUUAGCCGGGCAUUCCUAAAUCUUCUACAACAAGAAAUGAACAGUUAUCCUUCACCUGAACUUCAAGAAGAGUGUGAAAACUUAGAUCGGGGAGAUGUACAACAGGAGGCAUCUACGACAGAAAGGAUGCCUUUUCCUGGAAUGGCUGAAACUGGUUCCAGUCAAGUUUUGGAAGACGUGGAAAAAAAUAAAAGUAGAGUCAUGAAGAGUAUGAAAGAGAAUGCCAAAGAACCUGUAUACACAAUGCCAGAAAUGAGAGAUGAUUUUGAGGAGAAUGAACAUUUCACAGAGGAAGAUCCUAAAAGAGAAAAGCCUCAAGAGUGUGGAAAAGCUCAGGAGAAGAACAAGAAAAACUUAAAGACAACAGUAGAAACUAGAGGUGCCUGUAAUGAUUAUGAUGCAUGUGACCUUGUUCAAGAUAGCGGAGAAUGUCAGAAUUACAUUUUGAAGUGGUACUACGACAAAGAGCAGAAAAUGUGUGGUCAGUUCUGGUAUGGGGGCUGUGGAGGCAAUAAAAAUAGAUUUGAAACACAAGAAGAAUGUGGAUUCUUGUGUAUAGAGUCUUCCUAGUGCAGAGACACUUAAAUUACAUUAAUUUGUCAGUUAGACUAUCAGGUUGAUGUGGAAAAGGCAUUCAAAGAGGAAGCUUUACAUAACCACUUGGCUCCCAUAUUUCAGUUGAAAGAAAUACUUGAUUAUAAAGUUAUUAUCUGGUAACGUAACUGUGAAAAUAAAAUUUAGGCUAUUUCUCCAUUGAUCUAACAUGUUGAGUAUUGAGAAACUCUUGUUAGCCAACAGUGCAUUGUUUAAAAGGCAUAAGAGUAUUGAAACUUGACUUUCUUCCAUAAAUACAAAAAUAUGCACUUUCUGAAUAUACUGCAUAAAAUAAAGCAGUUCCUCAGAGAAUUACACAAAAUAAUAUCAGAUGCAAGACACUAACAUCAAAAUAUUUUGAUGUGUUUGCUUACAUUUAUCCUCCUUAUAGAAAAUACCAGAAAGCAUUUAGAUC